AUGUCGCCACAGACCACGCGACGACGCCCCUCGCUCUCGCUUCACCCACGACCCCGGACUGCGGCACACCCAAUUGCAUUCCCGAAAUAUUGCACACUCGACCAAUGGCGAGAGACAGAAGAAGCCUGCCAUGACUGUUGCGAUGGCUCGAUCGUCGAAGACUUCCCGGAGGCGGUGCCGAGACGACGCUCGGCCAAGAGCUUCUCAAGCCUGCGGCACCCGAUGGAUGGACUUGUGGCGCUGGGUCGCCGACUGUCGGUAACCCUGCGUCACAAAUCUUCAAAGAAUAACAUGGAAAUCGAGGACGAUAGUCCCAACUACCAAGUUGCGAGCCACUCCAGUCACAAGCGCAAUGUCGCCUCGCAGAGUUGGGACAAGCAGUCGCGCACUUGGUCCAACAACUUCAGCAUCAACAGACGUCCCUCGCUGAACAGUGUGACUGCCCUGCAGGGUUUCUACGCCCCGACCGCAUCGAUUCCAGUUCCCAUACCCGGCCAUGGCAUGGAGCCGCCAAUCCUUCCGAAUGAUAAGUUUUCCGGAGCAGCAGCGCGGGCAGCAGCCGCUGCACAAAAUGAACAGGUCAAGCUGGAAAUGACCAAGCGCGAACUCGUUUCCAACGUCUCUGACGUGAGACUUGAUUCGGAGAGUGGCAUUGGCUUUGAUCUUCGUGACCAGUCUGAUGCUCCGGAUACCGGACUUGAUCUCUUACGCAUUGAUCCUGUUUCAUACCUACCCUCUGAGAUUAUGGCUCAAGUCCUUUCUUACCUGGACCCUGUAUCUUUGAUGAAUGCCGAGUCGGUUUCCGGCCGCUGGAAUCAACAGGCAUCUUCACCCUAUGUCUGGAAGCAUGUCUUCCGUAGCGCAUACCCUCAGCGACCGGUCAGCUCCACGGCAACAAAGAAGAAGCAGUCCCAUGGACUGGGCAAGUCUAUUCCAAACCAGGACUGGAAGCGGAUGUUGCUCGUUCGACGAACCCUCGAACAGCGCUGGAAACAGGGCAAGGCUGCCGCAAUCUACCUUCACGGACACACGGAUAGUGUGUACUGCGCGCAGUUUGAUGAAAAGAAAAUCGUUACUGGUUCCCGUGAUCGUACGAUUCGUGUAUGGGAUGCCCACUACCCAUGGUCCUGCCAGAAGAUUAUCGGUCCACCCCCGGGCGAUGUGUCUGGCUCUGGGCCCGUGAACAACCCCGCGCAGCAGGCUACAGGAAAGUCACCGUUCGUGACUAUCUGCCCACCAUCGACUCCAUCCGUAAGCAUCGUCACUCCAAUGGAGCAACCUGCGGAUUACCACAGUGCAUCUAUCCUUUGCCUCCACUUUGAUGAAGAGAUCAUGGUCACCGGAUCUUCGGACUACACAUGCAUUGUCUGGGACAUCAAGGAUGACUAUCGCCCUAUCCGUCGUCUUUCUGCGCACCGCGCAGGUGUCUUGGAUGUAUGUUUCGAUGAUCGAUAUAUCGUCUCGUGCUCCAAGGAUAGCACCAUUUGCGUGUGGGACCGCAACACGGGCGAGCUCCUCCGAAAGCUCCUCGGCCACCGCGGGCCGGUGAAUGCGGUACAGUUGCGUGGUGAUCUCGUGGUGUCAGCUAGUGGUGACGGCAUUGCCAAGCUGUGGAAUGUGACCACUGGCGUCUGCGUUAAAGAGUUCGUGAGCAAAGACCGCGGCCUCGCGUGUGUUGAGUUCAGUGAUGAUGGACGUACCAUUCUUACAGGUGGUAAUGAUCGUGCCAUUUAUCAAUUCGAUGCCAAUACCGGCGAGCUUGUCAAGGAGCUCCGUGGCCACACUGGCCUGAUCCGAUCUCUUCACCUGGACAGUAUGAACAAGCGUAUCGUUAGUGGCAGCUACGAUAUGAGUGUCAAGGUGUUUGAUACUAUUUCUGGGGAGCUGUCCAUUGAUCUUCCUGGCUGGACCACCAGCUGGAUGCUCAACGUGCAGUCUGACUACCGACGGAUUGUCGCAACCAGCCAAGAUUCCCGAGCCGUUAUCAUGGACUUCGGCUAUGGAUUGGAUGGGAUUGACCUGUUGGAGGAGUGA